AUGUUGGAAAUUCCUUGUGGCUACACUGGCACGCAGGCUGAAAACAAGAAAGUCAUUUCCAUCAAAGCGAAGGCUUCAAGCAGUGCGGGUCAAGUGCUAAGACCAAUUUUUAUGAAGCAUGGUCUGUUUUUGGAUGAUAUGAUUGUGUGCGACACGAAGAGCAAUGAAGUCCUGCCAAAUUAUGCCCCCAUCAUUAAAGCGGACAAGAAAUUCUUCACUGCAUUGAGCCAGGACGAGUUCAAGCAGUGGAUCCACCGCGACAAAGUCGGCGACGUUCCUGUUCAACCGAUGGACGUUUGUGCCUCAUCAACGGAAGUCGCGAGGUGCAAAGUUGCCACUGUCAACGACUGCGUGACUGAAGGCGACGAAAUGCAAAAGCGCCAUGCUCUAAUUCUGUCAGAAUUGCAGUCCAUUUUCGAUGCGGAUAACCCAAGAGAAUUAAUCGAAUUUUCCUCUGGUCCUGGCAAACCGCGGCGACCCGCCAAGUUGAAGGAAAAGUGUAAGGCCACGUGCAAUGCCCAGUCUUUGAUGUUAUUUAAAUCGAAGACUGGGGCCAACUAUUCUACGCUGUCACAUCAGACCGCCAGACUUGAUCAAGAAGUUGAACUUUUAGAGAGGCUAGGAGACGUCGAUCAGAAGCUCAUCAGGCUUCGUCUGUGGGAUGUCGAGAUCUCAGGUGUCCAGCUUUGCGGGUCAUUUUUUCAAAUCCGCCAUGCUUCGCUGGUGGAUGUUCGUUUGCUUGUUCUGAGAAAGUGGAACAUCGCAUCACUUUGGCUCCGUUGUACCCCAGGUGCACUUGUGCUGAAUUUUCAACAACCGGUUUUGCACAUAAUCAACGGCCACAUGUUGGUUUUGCGAAUGCUCAGGUCACAACAUUCCGUCCGAUCGUCGUCCAUCGCCAUCGUCUCAAAACCUGUUCCUGUCGUCAAAACUGACGCCUUGAAUGCAUGGCAUGACGACGAUGUGAAAAAGUCACCCGAAACGACGAAAGUGCGAAAAUGUGCCUCAGACUUCACUGCGCACAGGGAAUGA